UUGAUAAAUGUGGCUGUGUGACUAAUGAGGCGUUAACUUUAUAAUUUUGCAUGAAUAAUGAAUGCGUAUAAUUUUUGAUACAAUUUUAUUAGUAUUUCAAAUAAGUUAUUACUUUGUCAAUUUUGGAGAUUUGUGUCGACGGACCAGAGUCCACGAAUUUCCCUUUGUUCGAUACUGAGAAAUAAAUAAAUCUUAUUAUUUAAAAUUAGUUAUUAAUUUAGUUCCAUAAGUAAAGUAUUAAAAAUAACAAUUUUAAGAUGACUCAGAGACAUACGUUUGGUGUAAAUCCAAUUACUUGCCAUGCUUGGAAUAAAGAUAAAACUCAAUUUGCAAUGUCGCCAAAUAAUCAUGAGGUUCACAUUUACAAGCAAGAUGGCCAGGAUUGGAAGUUAUUAGAUGUUUUAAAUCAACAUGACUUACGUGUCAUGGGCAUUGACUGGGCUCCAAAUACAAAUCGUAUAGUUACAUGUGCCGUAGAUCGCAAUGCUUAUGUUUGGACACAAGGUGAUGACAAUAAAUGGAAACCAACCCUUGUGUUAUUGAGAAUAAAUCGAGCAGCAACAUGUGUUAAAUGGUCCCCGCUAGAGAAUAAAUUUGCUGUUGGUUCAGGUGCAAGAAUCUUAUCCGUUUGUUACUUUGAAAAAGAGAAUGAUUGGUGGGUUUCUAAGCAUAUUAAAAAACCUAUUCGAUCAACAAUUACUGCUUUAGAUUGGCAUCCCAACAAUGUACUGCUUGUAGCAGGUUCUGCAGAUUUUAAAGUCAGAGUAUUUUCGGCUUACAUUAAAGACAUUGAAGAACAACCUACCCCUACAUCAUGGGGUAGCAAAGUAACAUUAGGUAAUAUGUUAGCAGAAUUUGUUAACUCCACUGCUGGUGGUGGUUGGAUACAUAGUGUUAGUUUCUCUGGGGAUGGAAACAAGAUUUGUUGGGUUGGUCAUGAUAGCACCAUAAAUGUCGUAGACUCUUCUAAGGGAAAUGCUGUGUGUAAACUCAGAACAGAAUAUUUGCCAUUUAUGGUUUGCCAAUGGAUCACAAACAAAUCUAUAGUCGUUGCUGGUCAUAGUUGCUUUCCUUUACUUUAUACAUUAGAUGCUACUGGCAAUCUGAGCUUUGCUGCAAGAUUGGACACUUGCCAGAAAAAAGAAGCCGGUGGUAUUUCAGCCAUGAGAAAAUUUCAAUCUCUAGACAGACAGGCUAGAAUUGAAAAUUUUGAUACUAACUUAGAAUCAAUUCAUCAGAAUGCAAUUACUUCACUAUGCUUACACAGUGGAACUAAAAUAAAUGCUACAAAAAUCAGCACAUCUGGUUUAGAUGGUCAGUUGGUAAUCUGGGAUUUACAUACAAUUGAAAAGGCCAUUCAGGGUCUGACAAUAUCUUAAAUCUUUAUUUUGCAUUUUAAAACUUUUUCAUGACUACAUAUUUGAAUAUAUAAAAUGAUUUUUAUAAAUAAAUAAACAUUGCAAUUUUUACAUAUAAGAUAUAAAUUAGUUUAUGUUUAUGUCGUAAACUAAUUUAAUGCAUUAAUUACCUUUAUAUUAGGUUCUAUGAAUAACAUGGUGAAACGAAUAACUUUCAUUACUAGUACGACUGUGUUAAUGAAACAAGUGCUUUCUUUGCCAGUUGUUAGUCCUACUGGUAUUAGAGGUACACAUUUUAUACAGUAACAAUGCUCAUAAUUUAUAGUAAUAAAACUUGUCUCAAUAACAUUUACCUAUGACUUAAUGAUUAUAAAAUGUUGCCAACUAUGAAAGUGUGAACCACGGAAAUAAAUGCUAUAUAUAA